AUGAAGAUUGACAGGCCGAGCUGGUUCGGCUCUUCACUCAACCCUGCUGUCGCCAUCUCUGCCGACCCCAUGGAAGGAUCCGAGUUCCGCUCUUCCGUCUCCUCAAACCCCUCGACGACGAAGCGCGAGCCGACUCUCCCGCCCGGCUUCUCGCGCGAAGCCUUCGACCGCGCCAUCGACGACCUCCGCGGUGCUAUCGGCGGCGAAUUCGUCGAGAUCAACGACGUUCCGCUCAAUGCUGGCAACUACUACCACCCCAGUCUCUCGCACGACUCGUACGCCGUUCUCGAGGAGGACUACUUCGUCCCUUCGGCUGUCGCUUGGCCCGGCUCGACGGCUGAGGUCCAGGCGAUCGUCAAGUGGGCGAACAGGUGGAAGAUCCCGCUCUGGCCCAUCUCCAUCGGCAGGAACUUGGGCUACGGCGGGUCUGCGCCUCGAGUGCCCGGCUCGCUCCUCAUCGACCUCGGCCGUCGCAUGAACAAGGUCCUCAACAUCGACGAGAAGGCAGCGACAUGUCUCCUCCAGCCCGGCGUGACUUACAUUGAGCUGUACGAGGAGCUGAAGCGACGCGGACUCGGCGAGAAGUUGUGGAUUGACGUGCCCGACCUCGGCGGCGGAAGUGUCGUCGGCAACGCACUCGACCGCGGAGUAGGCUACACGCCUUACGGCGACCACUGGGCGCAGCAUUGCGGCAUGGAGGUCGUCCUUGCGAAUGGCGAGGUGGUCCGUCUCGGCAUGGACUCGAUGCCCGGCUCGAAGACAGGACAAUGCUUCCCGUACGGAUACGGCCCCUUCCUCGACGGCAUCUUCACCCAGUCCAACUUCGGCAUCGUGACCCGGAUGGGCAUGUUCUUGAUGCCGAACCCGGGCGGCAUCCUGCCCUUCAUGAUCUCCUUCAUGCACAAGGAGGACCUGCAGCCGGCUGUCGACAUCUUGCAGGAGCUCAUGGUGUCUCGCUUGCUCGGCAACGUCCCUUCUCUGCGACUAGGACUGUGGGACGCCGCGGUCUACGGCUCGAAGGAUCAGUACUGGCCUGAGAACGCUGGACGACCCGUGACGGACGAAAUCGAGGCGGAGAUUCUCAAGAAGGCGGACCUUGGGGCAUGGGUCUUCUACGGCGCCUUCUACGGUCCGGACGAGCUCACGAGCGCGCAGUGGAAGGUCGUCCAGUCCAAGUUUGCCGGCAUCCGCGACGUCCGUUUCCAACUUCGCGAAGACGUACCGGAGAACAGCUACUUGCACGACCGAGCCGCCGUCUUUGCAGGUGUUCCGACGUUCAGGGAGCUCGCCUGGCAUCAGUGGAUUCCGAACGCUGGCGAACUGUUCUUUGCACCUAUCUCCGGCGUCAACGGGCGCGACGCUGUCGCACAGGUCGACAUGUGCAAGAAGAUCUGCACCAAGCACGGCUUCGACUACCUCGGCACAUUCUACGUCGCUCAGCGUGAGAUGCACCACAUUGUCACAAUCUUGUGGGACCGCUCGAAGCCGGAGCAGCGACAAGCAGCCGACCGAUGCAUUCGCGAGCUCAUUCGCACGCAUGCUGAGCUUGGGUAUGGCGAAUAUCGCUCACACAUCGCGACGGCGGACGACAUCAUGGCCACCUACAACUGGAACGACGGUGCUUUCCGCAAGUUGUGUGAGCAGCUCAAGGACUCGCUCGACCCUAACGGCAUCCUCCAGCCUGGUCGCUCCGGCAUCUGGCCUAAGGACUACCGGGGCAAGGGAUGGGAAAUUGACGGCGUCAGUCCGCUCAAGCAGGUCAAGAGCGAGUCUGGCAAGUUGUAG